AGACACGUGUCGCACACAUGUGAUUUGCCUUUUUUUCUUUCUUUUUUUCAUUUUUCUCUUUCGUCUUCUUUUUCGUGCCUCGUCUUCUCUGUCUCUAAUUGUCGCCGUGGUUUCUCCGCUUCCACCGUCGUCAUCCAUCUUCACUGUGUUCUCUGUGGCAUUCAUCUCCCGUCUCCCUACUCGGUUGUAUAAUAGCUUUUGAGAGAAGGAAAUGGAGAAGUUGGAAGAUCUGAAAAUCAUGGCGGAGCAGUGGUGGAAUCAAGGAAUUGAGUAUCUUCAGAAGAUACCACCAACUCAGCUCUAUACCUCCAUUGGUGUUCUCUUGUACACAACCAUUUUGCUCCUCCUAUACAGCUCAUGUGGAGUAUGAGACUGCUAAGUGUAACUAUGCUAAGCCAAAGCCACAAACUAUGCUAAGCCAAAGCCACAAACUUUACAAGAACAGAAAACUACCACCUGCCUACUUGUUAGUGCCAUCAUCAUGGACCAUGGUAAAAUCUCAUGACUCGACAAUUCAUUGUUCUGUACACUAUCAUUACACUACACACAUUCGAACUGAAACUAGUUUUGCGGUGGACAUUUCUCUGUCGUAGGCUAGUUAGGCGAUGAUAAUCAAUGAAACUCCUCUUUCUCUAUAUAAAAUCAUCUACACUACACUUCUCAUUCUCUAUAUAAAAUCAUCUACACUCCUCCUUCUCUACAUUUUCAUCACAAAAUUUAAAUUUUAAUAAAACAAUGUUUAAUUUUUUUUUAAGAAUCCUUAAUUAAAAAACUUCCAAUGGAGCACAAAAUCUAUGGGGUUUUUAACUAAAUUUCUUAACUAACUUUUAUUAUUAAACAAGUUAUUAAGAAACCCAAAUGGGGUUAUAGAGAUAACCAUGCUCUAAGGAUAUAUUACUAACACUGCUACUAAAGGAUGCAUAUAGUCAUAUAGAUGAGCUCAUCCUCUUUGCACUCUCGAAUCUCAAUUUCCAUUACUUUUCACCACAGCUCGAAGUAGCUGGAUAUAGGCUGACAACAAGAUGGCAUAAAUGGAAUAAGCAAAGUUAACUGACGAUGAUUAGUUUGGAGAGACAUUGUUGAGUCACGUUAAACUUGUGUGUUGCUUUGUUCAAAUAUAGAUGGGAAUGGGGUUAAAUAAAAGUUGUGCGUUUUGACGAGCGAGGUACAGUAAAAAGACGAUAAAACUGGAAGUCUGUAACAUAUCUUUCCAGAACAUGAAUAAAGUUAUUACACGAAAACAACGAAGGAGGAGCUGCUAUAAACUGCUCCGCACAUUGAUUCCUCUCUCUAUGUAUCUGUAAAAAAAAAAAAAAAAACUAUUCAACAAAACAAUACCCAGUAGUUAUUAUCCAGCACUUGGGUUUUAAACAUCAGAGACUUCUGUGCACCACCGCCUGCCUCCAUCAAAGUUUCAUUUUUCUUCUUUCUUUCGUAACGCAAAAGGUCUCGCCUUUUUGGGGCAAAGAUGAAUUCGAUUUUCUCACGCAGAGUCGUCGUCGACUCAUCCUCGCGUCUCACCAAAUUGCUCUCCAACCCAACAGCUCAUUCUCACUCCUUCACUUCCCUAUAUCGACCGAGCCAGACCCGCCAUUUCCGGACUCACUAUCUUCCUUCGACCCCGUCUCCUCCUCCUCCCGCGAGCCGCUUCGACCCUUCUCUCCUAUGGCGAUCGGAGAAAAUUCGUGGGUUUUUCGCGAGCGCUUUAACGAACAAAUCUGUCAAAUUGGGGAAUCUCGUGGAAUCGAAAGUCGCGUUCUUGCGUUCUCAGUUUCCCAGAAAGGGGUUCGAGUUCGGAGGCUAUUCUGGGAGGCGUGGAUGGAAGAAUUGGCUUCAAGGAUUAUCAUCUAAUGACGUUGUUCUUGGAUUACUAUUAGCUAACACUGGUGUCUUUCUCAUGUGGCGUGUUUUUGACCAACGUUUCAUGAUGAAUAAUUUCAUGAUAUCGUUGGACAAUUUCACCAGUGGACGUCUGCACACUCUGAUAACUUCGGCAUUCAGUCAUAUUGACAUUGGACAUAUCGUCUCAAACAUGAUUGGUCUCUACUUCUUUGGAACCAGUAUCGCGAGAAACUUUGGCCCUCAGUUCCUUCUGAAGCUGUACCUUGCUGGAGCGCUUGGUGGAUCUGUGUUCUACUUGAUUCACCAUGCUUAUCUAGCUGCGUCUUCUCCCAAGGGCCAUGGAGCUUUCGUGAGGGAUCCAUCCAGAACCCCGGGACUGGGUGCGAGUGGAGCUGUGAAUGCCAUCAUACUGCUCGAUAUCUUCCUCAACCCAACAGCUACUCUUUACUUUGAAUUUUUCAUUCCAGUUCCUGCGAUGCUGCUUGGAAUCUUCCUCAUUGGUAAAGACAUUUUAAGGAUAACAGAGGGGGACAGUAACAUCUCAGGUUCUGCUCAUUUGGGAGGAGCAGCAGUUGCAGCCAUUGCUUGGGCUCGGAUUAGGAGAGGCCGGUUCCGUUUCUGAGCCUCUUGACCUGACACUGCUUGGCUCUGGUCAUCUUAAGAGAAUCUUCAAAUGAUUUAGCAACUUUGAGACAAUAUUGUGGCGCUCAUGAUUUUAUUAGGUUCAACCAUUUCUACCUAUCCAAACAUUAAACAACAUGGUCUGUCUUUUGUGUUGAUGAAUCUUAACCUAUAGACUGAUCCACUUUGGAAGAUCAACUCUUAAUUAAAUUUGUUUGUUUAUUUA